AUGGCUUCCCAAACCAAAUAUACGGUGCUAGAAGUAGAUACCGGAGAUCAGUCGCCACCGUCCUCCUCCGCCACUCCUCGUCGGUGGUGGUCACGACCAAUAGUGACUCUUACGGCAUCUAAUGAUCGUCCAACCACUUUCACGGAGAGCAUUGCUUUCGUUACACCAUGUUGCACCGGCAUAUUCACCGUCGUCGCCUUCUUCUACAUCUUAUUACUCAUCGACCAAUCUCUCUCCCACGCCAAAUUCUCCAUCCAAUCCAUCGCCGUCUCUCCCUCAGACGUCGCCACGUGGCACGUUGAUUUCCUCGUUAACAACCCGAGUACGAGAUAUUCCAUGUACUACGACGGUAAUGACGCUUCCGUGAGGCUCGGUCCUUUAAACGCCGCUGUUUUAAACAUUUCUCGAAGACGCGAGGCUAGAGAUGUUACGGUCAUGUCGUUGGCUUUUGCUGCCGAGGAAGGGAGUGGGAACGACGUCGUUUCGCUUGGCGUCAAACUCAGGGCCAUGCACAAGCGUUACGUUAAUUAUGAUGAAGCUGGACACUUAGAUGUACGAUGUCAAAAUCUUACGCGAAGCCAUGAGAACGUUAAUAUUCACAAGAUUAUAUGCCAAUCUUCUUUCACACCUUUGGAGAGGUUUUGGUGA